UUGCAUUCAGCCACCUGUUCCUGUUCACCAAUUGCUCCCUCUUGGAUCUGUUGGACUCCCACCUCAUCUUCAGUCGGGCUCUCGCGCGCUCUCCCUAAUUAUUCCCCUCUCUCUCAGCAGAGAGCGGACUGCUCCAAGCUCCGCACCUCUUUCUCUCCAUCUCUCUCCAUCUCUCUCUCCAUCUCUCCCUCCCUCCUUCCGCACUGCGAUACCCCGAGCUCCACGUCUCUCCUGGCGGACACUAACACCUCCAACACCCAACACCUGGACCAGGUUGUCCUGGUACUACCGCGUGGGGAAGAGGAGCAGCCAGCAGACGACUAAUGCCGGAGCCGGAGACAAGAGUCCUGCUGCGCCCCCGGAGCCCCCGGAGCCUCCACACAGAGCAGUGAUGAUGGGACAGCUCUCUGGAGGAUGCUACCUGAGUUUGGGCAUCCUCGUGCUCCUCGGUUCGCAGGUGCCGGCCACGUUAGCGAGAGGCCCCCGAGGUGAAGCCCUGCAGCAUGGCCAGUCUGGGACACUGCCCCACUUCCUGGAGGAGCCCGUUGACGCUUACAUCGUCAAGAGUAACCCCAUCAAGCUCCGGUGUCAAGCUCGACCCGCUCUUCAGAUCUUCUUCAAGUGCAACGGCGAAUGGGUCCACCAGAGCCAGCACCUGUCCCAGGAGCACACCGACCUGGGGACAGGGCUGAAGAUCCGCGAGGUGAUGAUCAACGUGUCCCGUCAGCAGGUGGAGGACUUCCACGGCCCGGAGGAUUACUGGUGUCUGUGUGUCGCCUGGAGUCACCUGGGAACCUCCAAGAGCCGCAAGGCAACUGUCCGCAUCGCCUACCUGAGGAAGAACUUUGAGCAGGACCCCCAGGGCACCGAGGUGCCUCUGAAUGGCAUGAUUGUGUUGCACUGUCGUCCCCCAGAGGGAGUGCCCGUGGCUGAGGUGGAAUGGCUGAAAAAUGAAGAACCUCUCAACACUGAUGGCGCCGACGACUCAAGAGGCGACCAUAAUCUCCUCAUAUCCGAAGCUCGUCUCUCCGACUCCGGAAACUAUACCUGCGUAGCCAGCAACAUCGUGGCCAAGAGACGCAGUGCCACGGCCACCGUUAUAGUCUACGUGAACGGAGGCUGGUCAUCGUGGACGGACUGGUCACCAUGCAACGUACGCUGCGGUCGCGGUGUGCAGAAACGUUCUCGCACUUGCACAAAUCCAGCUCCUCUCAACGGGGGAGCCUUCUGCGAGGGCAUGUCGGUACAGAAGAGCACCUGCAACACACUGUGUCCAGUGGACGGCAGCUGGGGGGAGUGGACCGAGUGGACGGUGUGUAGCUCCGACUGCGACAGGCAGCGCAGCAGAGAGUGCACCGCUCCCGAGCCCAAACACGGAGGACGGCUGUGCGACGGCGUGGCGCUGGCUACAGACAACUGCACCGGCGGCCUCUGCACACAGAAUCGAAAGUUGCUACAUGACGCUAAGCCACAGGGUGUGGAGAGCAGCAGCGACGUGGCCUUGUACUCGGGCCUGGCUGCGGGGGUGGUGACGGUGGUGCUGCUCAUCGUCGCUGUCACUCUCUACCGACGGAGCCAGAGUGAGUACGGUGUCGAUGUCAUCGACUCCUCCGCCCUCACUGGGGGCUUCCAGUCCUUCAGCUUCAAGACCUCUCGUCAAGCGAACCCUCUGCUUAUUAAUUCCUCCAUGCAACCUGACCUGACAGUGUCGCGUACCUACACCAGCCCCAUGUGUUUCCAGGACUCUAUUGACAAGGAGCUGAUGGCCGAGCGCUCGCUCCUUGACCCGCUGCCUGAUCUCAAGGUCAAAGGAGUGGUGGAAAGGGCAGAGUACCAUGUCAUGUCGCACCCUCAGACAUUCCCAAGGGGCCUGGCUCCAGACUACAGAGGGGUUGCAGUUGGGACGACGCUGGGCCGAAGAGGCAAAAACCUCUUCGCUCCGCAAGUCUCCUUGACUCCCAGCAGGCCUCACCACAAAGCAACCGCCGUGUUCGGUCAUGCUGGAGGCAGGCUGGUGGUGCCUAACACAGGUAUCAGUCUGCUGGUGCCUCAUGGGGGGAUCGCAGAAGACAUUACCUGGGAAAUGUACAUGAUCAUCAACCAGGAGGACAGCAGUACUGUGUCCGAGGACGGGCCAGAGAUCUUCUUGAGCCCCGCAGUCACGUACGGCCCACCAGGCCUCGACCUGUCCUGUCCCAUCGCCAUGACCAUAGCCCAUUGUGCGGAGGUGGCUGCCGAUAAUUGGACCAUCCGGCUAAAGAGACAGAUGCAGGACAACAAGUGGGAGGAAGUGAUGUCCGUGGACGAGGAAAGCGCGUCCUGCUACUGUCUGCUGGAGACCCAGAGGUGCCAUGUGCUGCUGGAGCAUCCGGGUCGCUACGCGCUGGUGGGGGAGCCGCUGAACCAGGAGGCGGCCAAGCGGCUGAGGCUGGCUGUGUUUGGUAGUCCGGACACCAGCAACUCCCUGGGCUUCACCCUCAGGGUCUACUGUGUGGACGACACGCCACAUGCAUUUCAGGAGGUGGCGGUUGGCGAGCGCAGCAGGGGCGGGCGGCUGCUGGAGGAGCCCAAAAUGAUGCUGUUCCGAGGGAACACUUUCAGCCUCCAGGUGUCCAUCCAGGACGUCCCACAGUUACUCUGGAGCAUCAAGCCUUUCACCACCUGCCAGGAGUUCUCCUUUUCUCAGGUGUGGGCCAGUAACCAGCGUCCCCUGCAGUGUGCCUUCUCUCUGGAGCGAUACAGCCACUCCUCGUCCCAGCUCUCCUGCAAGAUCGGCAUCCGCCAGGUCAAAGGCGAGGAGCAGAUCCUCCAGGUCUACACGUCCGUGGUGGAGAGCGAAAAGGGAGUGGUUCCCUUUUUCACUCAGUCAGACUGUACCAUCACCUCCCAGACAGGGUCAAGGGCCUUUAAAAUCCCACUGUCCAUCCGUCAGCGGAUCAGCGCCACCUUCGACACCGCUAACGCCAAGGGGAAGGACUGGCAGCUCUUGGCUCAGAAGCUCCAUAUAGACAGGAACCUGUGCUACUUUGCAUGUCAGGAGAGCCCAUCGUCAGUGAUUCUGAGUCUGUGGGAAGCCCAGCACCAGGACUCGGGGGACCUGGACUCUCUGGCCAGUGCCCUUGAGGAAAUCGGCAAGGUCCAGUCCCCAAGGACCGCCACUCUUGGCUGCAGCAGAGAAGAACGGGACUCAGAAUUCACUAAACUUGGGUAGACGGCAGAUCAAAACAAUGAUGAACCUUUACUGCAUGAACACUGAUGAUCAGGUGUACUAGCUAACCUAUGGUGAAGAGGAGGAGGAGGAGACGCAAAGAGGACAGCAGGGAAACUCAGUUUUGGACUGUUACUAAAGGAACACCUCUGCUAAACCAAAUAGCACAUACAGACAGACGGGAACAACGAGGAACAACCAAGAGAGUGUCAUUGAGAGACACCGACAAAACAUUUAAAGGAAUAUAAGCGUCCCACACCCACCUAUGAUUGAGAAAUGUCAACCUGACAGGUUUGAUAACCUGUAUUCAAAGGAUUAUGGAUAUCCGCGUGAGGAGGACUCUCCAUGUUUAGGAUGGAGUGUGUUUUGGACCGACUGCCAAUCAGGCUGGUGUUGUGACCUUCCCCGGAUCGGAUGUGCUGGCACUUGCCCUCAAACAGUCCUCUGGGCUGUCAGAAAUGUUUAGUGUAAUGUCAUUUUGUUGUCAUUCAUUCUCCAGAUCCCCUAAUGCUUCUUUUUUUUCUGUUCUACAGCGUGUCUCUAAUGUUGGUGGUGGAGUUAGAGGAGAAAAACAGGAAGUAAGAAAUAUUUAUUUGUGUCAGGAGUUUGGGUCAGAGAGUCUGACACCGAUUAGCAUUUAAAAGUAAAAGUACGGCUGUGUAAGAGAUGACUGUAUAAACGGUGCUAAAUUGGCGUCGAUCACAUGGAUAACAAUCAUUUUAAGAAACACCCACAUGUAGAACGUUUUCAACCCCACUAGCAGAACACAAAACAAAGCCCGCAGAAGAGGAUAAGUUAUCCCAAUGUACAAUGCAACGAGGUGCACCUCAUGUCUAAUCAUCAUCUUCUGGUUCUUUUUGUAGGAAAAUUGAUGUGUGUGAUAAGUGACUUCAUACCAGACAGACAGUGGGAACACUACAUACACUGCAAACUGUCCGCGCUGGUUAAGUGGUGUGUACUUUCAAGGCCCUCUGGGACUUUUUUGAAUUUGAUGUGUGGCUUGAUUUGAGCUGCCUUUUCUUUUUUUUUUUUUUUGGAUCAUACCUGGAUUUCAUUAUUUGGAGGCGACACUCACUCAUCGCUCCUCUGUCCAUCUCUUUCCCAGCCGGAGUCGCUCCACCUGCCCCCUAAACAUGAUAAAGUGACUUUGUGUUGAA